GGAGGCCGAGCUCGCGCCGCUCAUUCAUAACAAUGCCGGCUUCCGCAACCUCAUUCAGAAGCUCUUAAAGGGCCAGGCCACCACCGCCACACCGCGGGAGCUGCUGCCAAUGCAUUGUGGGAAGAGAAAGUUACUUUCAGUUUUGCACGGACGGGCAGAGAGAGCAAAGAGAGGGGAAGAUGCGUCAAAGUGGAUUUGGCGGCACCAUGGUCGCCAACCUUUUCUAAAGGGCUAUGCGUAAACUUGACGUCAUCGCCCUUCUAAUGGGAGAGGCUGUUCUCAGGGCGCUGUAGACCUGCCGCCGCCAUAGACACCUUCGCAAUUUCUCCAGAAGCUCCUGUUGCCAAAAUGACCCACAGUGCCCCCUCAAAAGACCCAGAGGUGCUCGCCAGCGACCAGGAGGAUGAUCAGGCAUCAAUCAUCUUGCAGCUGUAUCCGUACUCGGAGGAGAAAGAUGACCCAAAUCAGGCUGUUCCUGCACUAAAUGAUGGAAGCAGUCUGAAGCUGGCGACCACCCUGACAAACCGGCAGCGUGGCAACGAGGCAUCUGCCCUGCCGGCCACUCUGGACACUCUUUCUAUUCAUCAGCUGGCAGCCCAGGGCGAACUGGUCCUGUUGAAAGAAAAUCUGAGGAAAGGCGAGAACCUUUUAAACAAGCCCGACGAACGGGGCUUCACGCCGCUGAUGUGGGCCGCAGCUUUCGGGGAGAUUGAGACAAUCCGCAGCAUGCUGGAAUGGGGCGCAGACCCCCACGUCCUUGCGAAGGAGAGGGAGAGCGCCCUGUCUCUUGCCAGCAUGGGGGGCUACACGGACAUCGUCACCUUGCUCCUUGAGAAGGACGUGGACAUCAACACUUACGACUGGAACGGCGGGACCCCUCUGCUCUAUGCCGUGCGCGGGAACCACGUCAAAUGCAUCGAGGCCUUGCUAGCCCAUGGUGCUGAUCUCACAACCGAGGCAGAUUCAGGAUACACCCCGAUGGACCUGGCAGUCGCUCUGGGACACAGGAAAGUCCAACAUGUGAUUGAAAAACAUAUCCUCAAGUUAUUGCGGAGCAAAGAACCUGAGUGAAACGGGACUUCUUGUCAGACUAAGGGGGGGGGCCUUCUCCCUGCCCCCCACCAUUUCCCCCUCUGCUUUGAAGGUGGAAUCAAGGGAAAGCCUCCUGCACUGACCGGCUAAUCUGAGGCACAUGAGACAGGGUUGGAUAUUUGAGAGUCACCGGGCUUUUAAAAGUUUGCUGCAGCCCUCGUGGAAAGAGGGGGCAACGGAGGGGUUAGGUUUGACGGCAAGACACGACACCCCCUCCACCUGCUUGUUGCCAUCAACUUAUUAUUUUUUCAUUAUUUAUUGAAUUUUUCUACUGCCCUAUACCCGGAGGUCUCAUUUAUCAACUUGACGACCACUAAGCACCACAACUACUCUGGAACCCCCCCAAAAUCCAGACUCCAUACUCCAGCCAGAGGAGAAGUUUCCGGAGGCAAAGGAACUCCAGGUGGCUCGCAGAAGCAAGCCAAGCUGCAAAUCAGAAGGCACCUGAUGUUUCCCCCACUGCCGUUUGCAAACUGUUCUGAGCUGGGAUGCAUGCGAUGGGCGAGAUAAUUUUGCUGAUU